ACUGGAGAGAGCGUAGUGCUUCAGGCUUCUCUUCCUCCAAGACUCGCUUCUUCUGCAGAGACCUCGGGAGCUGGAUCACUCGAGCUCGAUUUCAGGGGGCACACAGUUGAUGGCGCCUCUGGAGUCAGGUUCUUCACAGCUCUUCUUCAACAGCAAUAUCAUCGACAACACAUUUGAUAUCUAUGAGUGCAAUAGCAUGGGAGGCACCCAAGUCGUGAAAGAUCAUAGCCGGUUUUCUCGGCUUCCGUGCACUAAUAAUGUCCCUGAUCCACCUCCAUUACCUGGAACUUCUUAUGGCAAGCAGAGAACCUCUAGGAAUGAAAAGCCUUGUUGUAUUCAUGUCCCUGAAGAGGUCCAGGACUCCUGGAGCAAGCUAUUCUCAGAAGGAUAUCAAGCCGAUGUCUUUGUCUUGACAGAUGAUGGAACCAAGAUUUUAUCUCAUUCAUGCAUUCUUGGCAUCAGAUCUCCUGUUCUAAGAACCAUGCUGGAACAAGCCACAGUACAGCAUGGUUUCAGACAUAUCCUGAUUCCUGGUGUACCAUCAGAAGCGGUCCAUGUCUUCAUCAGAUACCUAUAUUCUUCACGUUUCAAGCAGGAUGAGAUGAAGAAAUAUGCUCUUCACUUGCUUGUACUCUCUCACGCUUUCUCGGUACCAUCCCUGAAGAUUGUCUGCACCGACCAACUUGAGAGAUUUUUUCUUGCUCCUGAUAAUGUGGUAGACAUGCUACAACUGGCUAGACUAUGUGAUGCACCAAGGCUCUCGCUCGUCUGUACCCGUAUGAUCGUUGGAGAUUUCAAGACUAUCUCUCUGUCGGAAGGGUGGAAGGUGAUGAGACAGAUCAACCCAAGCCUAGAACAAGAGCUUCUUGAGUCUCUUGUUGAAGUGGAUACAAGAAGGCAAGAAAGAACUAAAAGGAUGGAGGAGAAGAAGGUUUAUCUCCAACUACAUGAAGCUAUGGAAGCCCUUCUUCAUAUAUGCCGAGACGGAUGUAGGACAAUUGGUCCAUGGGAUCAAAAACUCAAGGGCAGUCAAGCUGCUUGCAAGUUUCCUGCCUGCAAGGGUGUUGAGCUGCUCGUGCGCCAUUUCGCAGCAUGCAAAAUGCGGGUGCCUGGUGGCUGCGCCAACUGCAAGCGCAUAUGGCAACUUCUUGAGCUGCAUUCUUGCAUGUGUCCCACAACAGACAGCUGCAGGGUUCCUCUAUGCAGGCAUUUUAGAAUGAAGAUGCAACAGCUGGGGAAGAAAGAAAAGAUAAAAUGGGACCUUUUGGCGUGUAAGGUGCUAGAGAGCAAAGGAACAAUCAGUUCCAUCCCAACAAGGAGAAAGCUAACAUCCAAGGCAGUUGGAAGUUGCCGUGUAGUUUGACAGCGAAGAUGUUCCUUCAGACAUCUGAGCAUGUGAAUCAUU